AUGCCAGCGUGUCCUAGAUGGGAGCUAAUUAGUUUGUGUCCUCCUCCAACCUUCUCUGUUUCUGUUUUAGAGGAGCUGCAGAAGCAGCUGCUGGAGCAAGUGGAGCUGAGGAAAAAGCUGGAACGAGAAUUUCAAAACUUGAAAGAUAAUUUUCAGGAUCAAAUGAAAAGGGAGCUCUCCUACAGAGAGGAAAUGGUUCAGCAGCUUCACAUUGUUAGAGAAGCUCACGACGCUUUACACCAUUUCUCCUGUAAGAUGUUAACUCCUCGCCACUGUACAGGAUCCUGCUCCUUCAAGUCUCCUCUUCUUCCACCAUGAGUCGGACGURCUUACAGGACAGAGGACAACGUCUGAUUCUCAUGGAAAAAUAAUAACAAUAUCAAUAACAAUAGAGAAAAGGAAAAAAAACCUCUGAGGAGUUGAACUGAACUAACCUGUAAUUACUGUAACAUUUGGAAAACGUGUAUUUCCUCCCUCAGUAUUUAUGAAUCAAUUUUACAUAUACAGUGGGAUUUCUUUUUACUGAAUUCAUGCCAUUGUUUAUGUUUAUUUGUUUGUGGCAAAGUGCAAUGAAAAUGAAUGUUCUAUAUUUUGUGGGUUUUAAACAGCAAGUUGCAUUGCUUCUUUUCCCCCCUCUCCCUCUAUUAUAAAUAAGUUUGCUGUUUAUUCGUUUAUUUAUGUGGAAAAGUUGCUGACACUGGAUGUAAUGCACUUUACACAAGUGAUUGGAGUAACCAUAAAAAUCCGGCUUUGAGUUUGUCCGACAGUAUUAUUUAUUUUGUAGAAAUGUUUGUUUCUGAGGGCUGCACAAAUGCAGAGAUGAGCUGCGACCUUAGGUGGGUACUGACAUGUUUUAUUGAAAAUAGCCUAUUUGUCUCUGUAAACAUUUGUUUUCAUCACUAAAAAAUAAAUCAGUUUAUUAAAGGA